AUGAGUUCCAAAAGAGGCGACACCCGUCGUACACGUGCCCAAAAGCACCAGAAUACGUACGCGUUUAAGAACAACCUGCACGACAAGCACACACCGCUGAUAAAGCUCAUCACCAACCUGAACGUGUGCGAAGUGUGCGAGCACUGCAAGAGCAUCAUCGACUGGAAGAUCAGAUACCGCAAGUACAAACCGCUAUCGCAACCCAAAUCGUGCAGCAAGUGCGGCGAGCGGAAGGUAAAGCGGGCCUACCAUGUCAUCUGUCGCGACUGUGCCCUGGCCAGCAGGUGUUGCGCGAAAUGCCUCAAGUCAGCGGACGAGGCGAGUAUCAUUCCCCCGGAACCGACGGAGCAGGAACAGAUCAAGCUGAAGGCGGAGAUGGAUCAGCUGAUCAAAUCGUUGCCGGAGCGCAAGCGGAGAACGUUCCUGCGCUACAUGAACAGGGGGCAGAAGAAGAAACAGAAGAACGGUGCAGCCGAUCUGGAUGAUUCGGACGAGGACGAAAACGAUGGCCGACAGCGAAAGCCGAACGGGGUGGAGAUGGCACGCACCAGGGAAGAAUUGCUGGAGAAAUUCGAACAGCUGAAGCUAGCGACCGGCAAGGAUGGCCAGGAGGGCGAUGACGAUUACGACGAUUUGGAUGAUUUCAGCAGCGAUGAUGAGGAUUACGAAGACUACAGCGAGGAAGAUGAGUCGAAAAGUUCCGGCACGAAAUAAAUGCGCUUGAAAGGGAGA